UGCAAUGGCAAUGCUCUGGAAAUUCAUGAGAGUAGCUAAGUAUACUAAAACAGCUUUAUCACCACAAGUAAAGGUAAGAGGAAUUUCCACCCAUUCAAGACAUUUUUCAUCCAAGUCUGUACCUUCAGAUUUUUCUGCCAACACACCCUGCUCAAAUACUGUGGAACUGCUUGGUAAAGUUUAUCCUCAGGAUGACUACAGCAAUGUCACAGAGAAGAUUCUUUCCAAGGUGGGGAAGAACUUGCACAACAAAAAGCAUCACCCUUUGUGGCUAAUCAAGGAGCAGGUAAAGGACCAUUUUUACAAACAAUAUGUAGGACGCCGUGGGACUCCGCUCUUUUCUGUCUAUGACAGUCUUUCUCCAGUGGUUACAGUACAGCAGAAUUUUGAUAGUUUGCUUAUCCCACAAAACCAUGCCAGCAGAAGGAAAGAGGAUAACUAUUACUUGAAUCGUGAUCACAUGCUAAGAGCACAUACAUCAGCUCAUCAGUGGGACUUGAUACACUCCGGCCUAGAUGCCUUUCUGGCAGUGGGAGAUGUCUACCGCCGUGAUACAAUUGAUAGCACCCACUACCCAGUCUUCCAUCAGAUGGAAGGAGUUCGGCUCUUCUCCUGUCAUGAGUUGUUCUCCAACAUUAAAGAUGGUGAAGGUUUACAGUUGUUUGAGCAAGGUCAUCGCACUGCACACAAGCAAGAGUGUCACACCAUGGAAGCAGUGAGGCUGGUGGAGUUCAACCUGAAGCAAGUGCUCACAAAACUCAUGACUCACAUCUUUGGUGAUGGACUGCAAGUCAGAUGGGUAGACUGCUACUUCCCAUUUACUCACCCUUCCUUUGAGAUGGAGAUCUACUUCCAAGGAGAAUGGAUGGAGGUCCUGGGCUGCGGAGUCAUGGAGCAACAGCUAGUUAACUCAGCUGGUGCGCAGGAUAAAAUUGGCUGGGCAUUUGGCUUGGGUUUGGAGAGGCUGGCCAUGAUCCUGUACAAUAUCCCUGACAUCCGACUGUUCUGGAGUGAAGAUGAACGCUUCUUGAAGCAGUUUAUUGUGCCUCACAUUUGGCAAAAAAUAAAAUUCCAG